UUUUUCCAUAAUCUCUUUAGGUUUUAUCUCAGCCAUUUAUUUGAGAAUGAAUAUUUUUUUUCACAUCUGUCGGAGUUGGAGAGGGAGAUAUCAUUUAAAUCAGAAGCUGGCUUCUACUAUUCAUUUUACAAGAAUUUAAUAAAUGAAACAUCACUCAUUGAUGGGUUGAAAAAAUUGACUAAUGACUCAAGCAUCGAAUACCCUGAUGUUAUAAAUGCACUGCAAAGGUUCAAUAUAUAUCCUGAGGUUGUGAUAGCAUCACUCUAUCGAUUCACCAGAAGUAUUUAUUCGACCUUGAACUUACCCUCAAGAAUCUGUUACAAGGUCAACAGAGGUCGUGACCUUGGCUCUGUGACUAGUUGUGAGGGAAUAGGUGAGCCCGUAUACUUCUACCUGGAGUGUGUGUUCACGUGGAAUGGAUUGAUGGUUGGAAUGAUCUUUCUGUUGGCUCUCUACAUCAGUGAUGGCAGUUUAAUUGGUGGAUUGAUCAGCGUCCUGAUGUUCUUCUACAACCACGCAGAGAGCACAAGGGUGUAUCUGACUCCAACGUUAAGGGAAUGUUUUGGCUUUCCAUGCUGGCUUGCUCAUCUCUUGCUGACUCUCAUUGUUUUGAAAACUAGGCAUCCGUCGAUGGUACUGAAAGUAACCUUCACUGUCACAACUUUGACCUUUCUUCUGUCGUGGCAAUUUAGUCAGUUUGUGUUACUAACUCAAUCAUCCAUCGUAUUUCUGUUGUACUUGUGCAACAUUGUGCACAUGUGUCAGAUCAGAUGCAUAGCGUUAGCACAUUUUGUAAGAUUGUUUGUGUGCAGUCUUCUCCAGUUCUUCAACUCAAUGCUUCUAUGUUCCUUCUUGUUUUCUAGCACUAUAUUUAUUCUGGUAAGCUUCAGAAUAUUUCUACCGGUGUACAUUUUAAGCUGCGUUGUGAUGAAAUCAACACUCUCAGUGCUCCUGAACGCUGAUGAUGACGGUCAUAUAAUGGAUCUGUUGAAGAGUAAGUUUCUCCAUUUCCAAACAUUCCACACCAAACUGUACACAUGUGCCGCUGAGUUUGAUUUCAUUGAGUUAAGGACGUUCGUUGAGAUCUCCAAAACUGGCCUGCUCUGGUUGGCACUUUUAAUUUUCCUCAAACUCUGUUUCCAACUUUUCCAAAAAAUUUACAUCAACAUCAAAAGAUCACAGGAGGAAGAUGAUGAGGGGGGUGUUAACGAUGAUUCCCACGUCUGUAUCGGCGUUGUACACUACAUGUCUUUGCAGCUGUUGUCGUUUGUGAUCAUGGCCGUCUUGGUGAUGAGGUUGAAGUUGUUCAUGGUGCCACACAUGUGUGCUCUCAUCUCAUUGCUCGCAUCGGAUAAGGUGUGUGUGUUCAAAACGCCAUACUUUAAAAUCUCGCUGAUGAUAGCUAUCAUGAGUUUCGCUUCAUACCAAGGCGUGUCCAAUGUCCAGUUUCAAUUAUCUGUUCAGGGUCAGUUUGAUGACGUCGGUACUGAGAGGAUGGUACAAUGGAUCAAUCAUAACACUGAAUAUAAUGCAGUGUUUGCUGGGUCCAUGCCAAGUAUGUCUGCUGUGCGGUUGUCUACAGGAAGGUUCAUAGUCAACCAUCCACACUAUGAAAAUGCUAAGUUGAGGAGCAGGACAAAGUCAGUGUACAACAUGUAUAGCAGGAAACCAUUAGCCGAUGUAUGGAAGGCCAUGAAAACGAUGGGUGCUCAUUAUGCUCUCGUUGAACCUGUCUGGUGCAGAGGGAGAUCCAGGCAAGAAUAUUUCAUUUUUUUGAACAUAUGGGAUGUUGAGGACGUCGUUAACCAAGAUAAUGAACCUAUUUGUGAACUUCUGCUGUCUGAACCAGAACCUUAUUUUAAGAUCUCAUAUACAAAUUCUCAAUACACUGUUUUAAAAAUAAUUGAUGAUUUGAAUGUGACUAAGUAA